AUGUUCUCUUUUCUGUUUCCGUUAUUCAUUUCGAAAGACAUGUUUACAUUUACGAACAGUUUUCUCUCUACCAUUGUCUUCCUUCAUUCUUUCAUACACUUCACUUCUUUAUUGUAUGUGUUUAAGCAGCAAAAAUUGUUUUUCCACCUCAAUUUUAAAUUUGCUCCAUUUCCCGAAAUCACUUUACUCCUUUCCCUGUUAAACCAUCUUUUCUUAUACGGUACAGGUUUCAGUCUAACAUUUUCUUUCUUUCUUUCUUUCUUUAUUUCUUUCUUUCUUUCUUUCUUUCUUUCUUUCUUUCUUUCUGCUGUUCAUUAUUCAAGCUUUCCCUUUCCCCGUUUCUUCCUUGGAAUAAAUUUGUUGCAAACGAAAAGCUUUCGCUAUUUAUCUAUCUAUCUAUCUAAGUUGGUUCACUCUCUAUCUAUCUAUCUUUUUUUCUUCUUUUCUUUUCGUAUACAUUUUGGCUGCAACAUCCCAUGUUUUUUUCUUUUAUUUUUAUGUCUUCUAUUUUCAUAUUAUUGUUUUUAUUCCUUUUCUAUUUUCUUUCUUUCUUUAUCAUCCGUUCCUUCUUUCUUUUUGAUUGUUUUCUUUCUAUUUAUUCUUUUUUUCUUUUGA